UAAUGUACUAAUGCAAUGGUUGGGACAAUGAUUAUCACAGGGACUAUGAAGAAGAUCCGAAAGCCAAAACCUUGGAAGCAUUCUUCGGAAAUAACAAAGAGUCAACUUAUGAAGAUGCGAGAGGAGUUCUGGGACACUGCUCCUCACUAUGGUGGCAGGAAAGAAAUUUGGGAUGCACUUCAUGCCGCUGUUGAUGCUGAUCUAACACUCGCGCAAGCAAUUGUGGACAGUGCAGGGAUCAUUGUUCAAAGUGCCGAUUUGACAGUAUGCUAUGAUGAAAGAGGUGCAAAAUAUGAAAUACCAAAAUAUGUUUUGAGUGAGCCUACAAACUUGAUCCAGGACAGCUGAAAAACUGGAACCAACGUAGCACUUGUGUGUAAGGGACCGGAUGUAGAUCGUGUAUAUCAUUCUCUUUAAAAAUCUUUAACCAAGUCUGGUUCACCUUUAUGCCAUUUAAGUCGGCUUGACCUUUUGCUGUAGGUUUGUUGAUAUCAAACUCACAGGAACCAUUUGUUUUUGCUCUUUUGAAACAUUUUCUGCAAUCACAUAGCGGGCAAUUAGUUCUUGGGCUUGUAGUUGGUCGUAUGAAUAGAGCAUUCUCUCAACUUGAAUGCAUACAUAUCAUUGUGAGAAUAUUAUUGUGUCUUAUAGAUACACUAUAUUCUCACAAUCAUUCCAUUUGUGUGACGAGAUGUUAGUGUUUUACUUAGCAUUAGAAAUGAGAUCCGUUGUCAGCAGCAGCACUUAAUGAAGAUAGAGCACAUUGAAAAGGAUUCUUCACUCACUCUGCUCCACUUGUAUUUUCUGUAGUCGGUUCUGUAGUUAGUAUUGUCUUUGUAGAAGAAAGAUAUCUCGUCAUCCACCGUCA